CUAGGAUAUAUGGUCACAUAGGAUGCUGAAAACCGCUCUGCGCGUCAGAUCACGAGAGGAGGGGCUGUUGCGCGCUCCCGUGCAUGUGUGCCCACCCUUUCCCAUCCGAUCCAAUUCAGAUCUAUUCGCUGACUCAGUGCCUUAAGCAGCAUCACCGUUCACCUGAAGAGAGCUACAGCCUGCUCUGCGGAGAAACACAUCAGCCAUGGCCAAAACAGCAACCGCAUACAAAGAGAAGAUGAAGGAACUGUCUGUCCUCUCCCUCAUCUGCUCCUGCUUCUACCCAGAGACACGCAAGACACUUGUGUGUGACUUUGAAGACAUGGAGGUUAAAGCUUUAAACAAGCGAGCCUCCGGCCAGGCCUUUGAGGUGAUUCUCAAGCCAAUAUCUCCAGUGUCAGAUGUGGCUCACAACCUCCCCUCACCCCCAAAGAGGGAUAUUUCUUUGGAGGACAUUGAGAAGAAACUGGAGGCUGCUGAGGACAGGAGGAAGUAUCAGGAGGCCCAGGUGAUGAGGGCUUUGGCAGAAAAGCGCGACCAUGAGAGGGAUGUGUUGCUAAAGGCUAUGGAGGAGAACAGCAACUUCAGCAAGAUGGCUGAGGAGAAGCUCCAGUAUAAGAUGGAGCAGAUCAAGGAGAACCGUGAGGCCCAUUUGGCAGCCAUGAUGGAGCGUCUUCAGGAGAGGGAGAGACAUGCAGCUCUGGUGCGCAAGAACAAAGAGCUGAGGGAAGAGCAGAACGCAUGAGCCUCACACAGUCCUGACUUCCAUGAUCCAUCAACGUCCCUUCAUCAAACCCCUCCCUCUUCCUUUCCCUGCCCUCUCUCUCCUCAGAAAAGACCCAACUCUGGAGGCUGAGAGGUCCGAAGAUCUUACCACCACAUCACACCGCACCUCACCACCAGUACUCACUACUAUCAGUAUUAUCAGUGGAUACAAACAUCAAUAACAACCAUCUAGAGAGUUGAGUGGAGUUGUUGAUUUAACAGAAAAUGUGAGAUUAUGGCUUUUAUUUUGUAAAUACUUUUCCUUAAAAAGUCUUUCUAUCUAUCUAUCUAUCUAUCUAUCUAUCUAUCUAUCUAUCUAUCUAUCUAUCUAUCUAUCUAUCUAUCUAUCUAUCUAUCUAUCUAUCUAUCUAUCUAUCUAUCUAUCUAUCUAUCUCUAUCUAUCUAUCUAUCUAUCUAUCUAUCUAUCUAUCUAUCUAUCUAUCUUGGUAAGUGAAGUACAUGCAAAGAUUGUAUUGUACUGCACUGUACAAUUUCAAACAUUUUGUUUGUGAUUGAUUAAUGUUUCAGUUCUUGAAAUUUGACAAUACAACCAUUUUCUUGUGAAAGCCGUUGGUGUUGUGAGUUGGCUGUAGACUGGCAUUUGCAGUGUUUUCUGAUGAUGUCAUGAUGAUGAUGUGUCUGUGUCUUUGUGAAGAAUGAUGGACGGUGUAGCUACACCACAGGCUCCUUUUGAGAUAUCAACAUAUCCUAUCUGUAUCUUCCUCACGCACACCCACUCAUUUUCAACACGCACGCUUUGAACCUAACAAUACACCACUGAUCCAUGAAGUGCCCACCUCCUCUAAAAUGAGCUUAAUAAUGAACUACAUGGGCCUUUUUUGUUAUUAAGAAUUAUCUUUGCCCAUUGGGAGUUUAUACACUUGCAGAUUUCCACUUACCCCAAAAACAACAGUUCUCAAUGAAUCCAUCUUCAGCUAAAUACUUAGCUCUGUUACAUCCACAGUAUUUUGGCAUUACGCUCUUGAAUGUUUUGACACCAGACUGAUACCAUGCCAAUUGUCUUGGACAGUGGAAUGUGCUGUUGCUCCCACCUUGAUAUUGAUAGUGUGAACAUACGAAUGUCUGUGUGGGUGUGUAUGAAUGCUAAUUUACCACAAUGCACCAUUAGCCUCUGCUCUCUUUAGGGGAUUGGAUUGAGAAUGGAUGCAGAAUGCUUUACAUUCAGCACACUGAACUAGUAUCUUUUUAACAUCAAUGCCACUGAUAUCUGCCUGCAUCCUCUGCUGCUUGUGUUUCUCCCUUCAUAUAUUUCUCUGUGAAAGCUUUGCUGAAUAAAGGUUUGAGGUUCUGUGAACAUGGCAUGCACCAUCUAAUAGUUUCCUGUGCUAAAAGAAGAGGGAAAAUGUAAACUGCCAAAUAAAGUAACCAGUUAUCUACACAUCCUGAGAAA